AUGAAGGCCGAGGAGGAGCAGCUCAAACGAUUCGAAGUGGCCACCGACGUCUCCGUCCACGGCCUCGAGGGCACCGAGCGCCCCUCGUUCCUCAUCGACAAGACCCCCUGCGACUCUGCCAUCGAGGUGGUGCUGCCGUUCAGCACCGACCUGGCGCUGCGCGAGCAGUACAUCAACUUCUACGGCAACCUGCGCAUGGGCAAGAUCCUCGAGGACCUCGACGCCUGCGCUGGUAAUGUGGCACAUGCGCAUGCGGACGACAGCAACCCGAAGACGAGGCCGCUGACCAUCGUCACGGCUUCGGUAGACAGAAUUGAUCUGCUGGACAAGCUCUUGCCCGACAGGGACAUGCGCAUGACAGGAUUUGUGACGUACGUGGGGAGGAGCUCGAUGGAGAUUAGAGUCGAGGUCGAGUCCAAGGACCCCGCGACGGACCGGUUCUAUCCGCUCAUCAUCGCCACCUUCACCAUGGUCGCCACGUUCGAGGGCAAGGCGGCACCGGUCAACAGGCUCGUCCCGCAAACCGAGCGAGAGAAGCAGCUCUUUGACUUGGGCGAGAAAAACAAGCUGGUCCGAAAGGAGUUGGCCAAGGCCUCGCUGUUCACCCAGCCGCCCACGCCCGACGAGCAGAAGCUCCUCCACACGCUCUUCAUGGACCGAAUUGCCGGCAAACAAGUGUCGGGGACGCCGAUGUGUGCUUCGCGCAUCCAGUCAGUGCUGCUGUGCCAGCCGCAGGAGAGGAACCGGCACAACAAAAUCUUUGGCGGCUUUCUCAUGCAAAAGGCCCACGAACUCGCGUGGACCAACGCGCACACGUUCACGGGCGUGCGGCCGUGGUUCCUCGCGCUGGACCAGGUGUCCUUCCACAAGCCCGUCAACAUCGGCUCGAUCAUCUUCUUCAACUCUGAGGUCGUCUACACCCAGUCCAAAGCCGUGGGUGUCAGGGUGAUUGCGGAGGUGCUCAACCCGGUGGAGCGGACGCGGGACAAGACGAAUUCGUUCCACUUCACCUUCACGUGCCCCGAGGGCCACGGCGACGCGCCGCUGCCGGCGGUAAUCCCCGACACCUACGAGGAGGCCAUCCAGUACCUCGACGGCAAGCGCCGCUACGACGACGGCAAGCGCACCGCCGAGACCCUCGGCUCCCGCCUCCUCCGCUUCUACUGA